UUUAACCCGACGUAAAAAUCACUUAUCCAUCUAUCUCCAGGGUUUCCCCUCUUUCUCUCUCGCUCUGCUCUUUACGGAUCUUCAUAGAUCUUCAAAUCAUCGCUCGGAUUCAAGUAUUACGAUUCAGAUCUGAACAGUAGAUCGCCGGAAAAUCAUUGCCGGUAUCGCCGCUGCUGACGUCACACCAUCACCGAUCGAACUUCCUCAGAUAAUAUCUGGUACUAUAACUACCUAAUGGAGCCAUCGACUGAAUACGUGGCGUUUGAAGAGAAGGUGAAGAAGACGAUUUACAUCGACAACUUAUCCCCUCAGGUCACGAAAGCCGUUAUAGAAAAUGCAAUCAAUCAGUUUGGGAAUGUGAAAGACGUUCAGUUCAUUCCCACGUAUUUCGCGUCUUGCGGUGUUUGUGCUGCGCUGGUGGAGAUGGAAUCAGCCAAACAGGCUGAAGAAAUCAUCUGUGAGAUGGGUGAUUCUCCUCUUAUGAUAUCCGGAAUGCCCAGGCCCGUGAGAGCCCAAAAAGCCCGAGUUGAAAUGUUUGAGGACCGGCCCAAGAAGCAUCAGAGAACUAUUGUGUGCCGUUGGAUGGAUCCAAGUCAGCAAAACUUUGAGCUGGCGAAGAAGAUUAAGGAUCUGACGAAGAAACAUGCUGCUGAGGCUCAAUAUAUAAUGAAGCUACAACUUGAAGAAGAAGAGAAGCUGCAUAAACAGCAAAGCGAGACCCUGAAAACAAACUACAAGAAGUAUGAGCUGAUUGAUGGUGCGCAAGCAGAUGGAAAUGUGCAGCGUUUGAAAGCUGAAUAUGGGUUGACACUCAACGACUACUGAUCUGAUGCUUCUAAUUUUCAUGGCGAUAAAGAUACCUUACCCUCUUCAAUGGGGUGCACCAACAUUUGAAGCAGGGCAUGCUUUUGGAAUGAUGGCUGCGGUUCUGGUCUCCCUUGUUGAGGUGAAUAUUCAAUAAAAUGGGCCCCGCAAAAUUAAUUAAAUGAAUUCAACACCAUGUUCUUUUCAUCCCCAACGGUGGCAUUGAUGGUGUUGUCGUUUCUUGACAACGCGCUAGAGUUGAAAGACAGUGCUAAAGACCGAGGGAUGCCAUGGUGGGCCAAGUUUAGAACGUUUAAAGGCGAUAGUCAAAACGAGGAGUUUUACACCCUCCCGUUCAAUCUCGACAGGUUCUUUCCACCAUCAUGAGUUUAAAGAUUAAGUGUAGUUUUGUCAUUUUGCAAGAUUGAGAUUGUGCUGAUCACAAUCCCUUUUGGUUGGGAAGAGAGGGUGGGCAGCUAAGCUAAGAGUUAGUUUAUGUUGUAUUAUUUUCAUGAGAUCAUGAGAUAGCAUGGUGUUCUAAGUUUCUUGUAAAUUUUUCGCCUCAAGUUUUGUUAGUUUAUUUUGUUAAUGAGA